GUCGCAUCUGUGAAUAUUAUUUUACUAUGUGACUGUUAUUUAUUUACACGUUUUGUGACAGUGAUACUAUGUAAUUAGUAUCUGUUAGUGAUGUUAUGUAGCGAUAUUUGAAACACAGUGACGCCCCUUGAAGCGCGGCAACAAAAAACGCGGGAAACUUUUGUGCAGUGCGUUGUUUUUAUCGAUCGGUACGAUGCAGUGUGCAUUGCUGCAUUGAGAUAAUGCAAGUAUUCGGAUGUUUACGACUGUGUAUUGGUCUAUUUGUACAUAACAGAUAAAGAACGAUGUCACUAUAUGAAAUCACUGUUAUAAAUAGAUACAGGGCUAAUAGUUAUUGAUUAAGUACUAUUAGUUGUGACAUUGAACGAAGCUUUUACUUCAAACAUGAUAAAAAAUUCUAUUAUAGUAGGGAUAAUUUUAUAGACAGGUCGCGUAUAUUUCUUUACCAAUUUUAAUUAAGGAACUGUAUACAUUCAAUAAUAUAUUUCUAGUGAUUUGUGAAGACUGUGUUUUAAAAUAUACUGUGAUAUUGUGAUAGUGUUGUAACCAAGUGUAAUUAGAAAGUGAUUUACUAGAAUAUCAAGUGAGAAGAUGGUCGGAAUUAUGGAUCGAGGAGGUUAUGCAGCAGAGGGCGCCAGGGGUGCCUAAUAACAUCAAACUACAACAACCGCAAUCCAGCUCGAAGUCGUUAGCAGCGCGGCGAGGGUUCGCCUCGAAUUUCUUCAAAGCCACCUUCAGCUCUCGUAGCAAGGCGGUGCAGGCCGCCUCACCGGAAGUCGAGACAACCGCCAAGAUAGGCAGCGCGGAGACUAAACCUGUUACGAGGAAUAGGCCUAAAACUGCGCCUCCACUACCAGAAACAUCGACAAAGGUAAAACUCAGAAGAGCAGAUCUUACCAAACCACCUUUAAAAAAACCUAACAGAUUAUCCAUUGAAUUAAAACGGCCAGACAAGACAAAUAUACAUACACCAGACCCUGGAGGGCCCAGAAAAGCUCCGAAGAACCCCAAACAUGAGCUAAAGAGAUCGAACUCAAUCAUUAAAAUAGUAAAAAAGUCUUACGUACCCGACACGCCAACCGAAAGUAUAUUGCCGCCAUCUUUAAAACCAAAAGUGAUCGAAAAAUUAAAAUCAACAAAGAUUGUUAAUAAUAACGACAUUUGGACGAACGCAAAUGAAGUGAAAAGUACUAAAAGGCCAGCACCUCCUACGCCUGUAAGAGGUCCGAGCCAGGGGAAGCAGGAGACGACCCUCAAAGGAGCUCCAUCUAUCUCCAGUCUCGAUUCUAAACAUCACAAAGUAGCUCCGGCCCGUGACAAGUCAUUAAAAAUAUUCGGAUCAAAAGAGAAGCUUCAUAAGGCUCAUAAGAGGAAAGAUCUCGGGAAUAACAAUGCUGUUUUAGAAGACCCCGAGUUGAGAGAAGGACUGGAGACGUACGAAGAUGGCCAGGUCAGGAUACAUGACUACGGGAGCGCUGAGGAACUGGGGUCCGUAGACGAGAGGGGCUCGCAGGAGUGCGUCAGUCUGCCUGUGAUGCUUAAUGCCGAACACAUGCCAGGCUUCCAGGAAGUGGAGCUCAGGCCUAGAGAACCGUCAGAGGCAUCUCUGGCAUCAGGCAUUCGUGAGAUUGAAUCAUUGCGACGGGAACUAGAAAUAAGCACCAUGGAGAGAGCGCAACUUCAGACUAGAGUGGACGAGCUCUUGGAGAAGGCUGCAGACGCUGAAAGGUUGCGGACAGAACUCGAAAGACUGAAGACAGCGGAAAUAGAACGCGAGGCAGCCCUGGAACGAUUGGCGGACGAGAACGGUGCGCUGCGGGCGCGGCUGCGCGGCGUCGCGCACUCGCCGCUCUCCGACAGCGAGAAGCGGCAGCUGCUGCUCGCGCCCGCGCCGCGACGCAUGCACUCGUCCGCGCCCGCCUCCAUCGCGCUCGCGCACAAUGGUGAGGGUGACAGCGGCGAGGCGAGCACCCCCGAGUGGGACAAACACUCGUCAUCGUCGCUCAGCGAGGUGUCGGUCGCGUGUCUGCAGGACCGCAUACAGCAGAUGGAGGAGCACCAUUACAGCACAAGUGAAGAGUUGCAAGCGACGUUAGCGGAGUUGGCGGACUUGCAGUCACAGUUGGCGGACGCGCACGCCGACAACGAGCGGUUGGCUGAAGAAAAACAGGUGCUGCUCGAGUCGCUGUGCCAGCAGACCGAGAAGUUGGAAGAUAGCAGGACUAAGGUGGACACACUCCAGCUCCUGCUGCGUGAAGGUGUGGAGCCGGAGACCAUACCUGCUGCCGACACCGAGCAGCUCUUGACUGUUUUAAAGUUGUCGCAAGAAGAACGACGUCACCUGCAGAGCAAGCUGGAGGAGCUCGAGACAGAGACGAAAGAUACCAAAGCUGCGUUGGAAGAGAAAACCAAAGAAAAUGAAGCCCUCGCUGAAAGGAUUAGAAUGGUAGAAAGCAACACGGAACGCCUGGAGACGGAGCGCGUGCAGUGGGAGCGAGAGGCUACCGCGCGCCAGGAGCAGCUCCACAACCUCACCAACUUGCUGGAUGCCGCUAAAGCCAAGCUGGCGGAGCGCGCGGGCGUGGCGGCGGGCGCGGCGGAGGCGGAGGCGGCGGCGGCGGCGGCGGCGGCGAGCGCGCGCCGCGAGGCGGACGCGCUGGCCGAGCGCCUGGCGCACGCGCAGCGCCAGCUCGACCGCGCGCACUGCGACGCGCGCAAGCUGCACGACGACGCCAUGGUGUCACGCAAUAACGCCAAGUCGACGAUAUCCGAACUGGAGUUCCAGUUAGAACAACUGAGACAAGAGAAGACGGCAUUACAGGGCGAACUCAAGACGCUGCAAGAUAAUGCAGCUGAAUUGCAGAUACAAGUGCAGGUGACGGCGGACGAGAAGCUGUCGCUGAUGUCCCGCGCGGGCGAGGCGCUGGCCCGCGCCGCGGACGCCGAGCGCCAGCUGCAGGACGCGCGGGCCCGCCUCGCGCAGCUCGCGCGCGACCGCGACCGCGACGAAGCAGAAUGGAAACAAUUCGAGAGCGAUUUACUAAUGACGGUCCGCGUCGCGAAUGACUUCAAAACCGAAGCUCAACGGGAACUGGAACGGUUGGUGUCCGAAAACAAGAUCCUGAGGGACCGGAUCAGGCUGCUCGAAGAUCAGAUCCAUUCACUCAAAGGUGAUAACAAGUCACAAUCAUUGGAUAGCGUUCACAACUAUUCGGAUGAUGAGAAAAGACGAUCCAAAGAAUCCCUAUUGGACUAUCAAAGUGAUAGUUCGUCCAAAGAUGUAUUUAAAGCCAUCAGAACCAGAUAUCUAUCUAGAGUACACAGUGUAUCUGAUCCUUCCCUUAAAGAUACAAGUAUAGUAGAUCAAGCUUUCUGCAAAUUAAACGGUUCCUCUGAAUCUAAUGUUGAUUUGAAUUUAACAAUUGAAAUUAAAGAUGUGACUGUGGAUGAAACUGACGAUACUAGUUUUGAAAAGCCAUCUAAAGAUACUGCUGUAACACAUAGAGAUGCCUUGAUUAAGACAGAUCUACCUCCCUUUGAGAACAAAGAGCUUAAGAGGCAAGAUGCUGUAGAUGUCAUUGAUCACAUCAUUCAAGGUGCUCACGAUGCGACGUCGUUUUCACCGAACUUUUCUGACGAUAUAUCUGAAGAUUUAUCAUCUUAUACAGAUCUAGAUAAUAGUAAGCAUCGUGUCAAAUCAGUAACCAAAUCGGAGUGCAGUAAAACUGAAACAUCAAAAGAAAGAACUAUUUUUAGUAGAAGUUUAUCAGGCAUGUACAAAGGUAAACCUAAAUCCUAUAGCACCGAUAAUUUGAAUUAUAGUGUAGCAUAUAAAGAUAAUCUAAAAGAGGCUACUAGUAUAGAAUUUUUAUGUCCAAGUCAUAGUUAUAGUGAAAUAUCUUUAAACACUAUUGGUUCUGAUAGUGUCUUCUCAUCUCCAAUCGAGAAAAAUAGUAAGAAACCUAACCUAACUAAUGCAAGUGUUGAUAAAUUUGACUCUACAGUUUCAAUUUUCAAUUCAUCACCAAAUGUAGCAGAAAAUAUUAUAUCUGAUUCUAAUAAUGAUAGUGAUACUCGAACAUACGGAAAUAAAAGUAUAAAAAAAUCAUUCAGCAGCAGUUCGUCAACAGAAUUAAAUAUGUCGAAUAAAUUUGAACAGGAUAUUGGUAUAAUACCAAUCGUAAAAGCUGAAUCCAUUCUUCCAUAUCCAUACCCACAUGAUAUAAAACGUAUACCAGAAGUUAACACUUUCGUGCAGUCAUUAGAAAAACCAACUAUCAAAGUAACACUCGAAGAAGAAAUUGAAAAAGAUUUAAAGAAAGCAAACGAAGAUAUAAAGAUGACUUUCAAAGCAGCUAUGGAUAGAAUAAUAGGUACCAAUAAAGAUAAGAGAUCUCCAUCUCCGCCUAAACAAAAAAAGUUAAGUUUUUCGAAAAAUGAAGUCAACGUAAAUACAAGAAAAGAAAAUCAUGUAAAUGUUGCUAAUGCUAUCAAGUCUCCCAUUUCCAGUCCACAGAGUUAUAAAAACAAAAAUGAUGUAGAUAUAUCAAUAAAAAUAGAGGAAAUGGCAAAGGCAGAAGAUAAAUCCAAUGUAACUGAAAAUGUUCUAGAUAAUUUUCGUAGUAGUAAUCCUUUUAUAGAAUCUAUGAAAAACAGUACAAGUACUUUUAAAAGUGCAGAUGAAAUAACUGAUGAAAAUCUUAGUUAUCAUUUGAAAAUUAACACUGUCAAUAAAGAAUCUACCAAUCAAACCAAUUCUAAUGUAAUACAAAAAACGAAUAACGUUCCUACAGUAAAUAUCAGGCCUAUGGAUGGCAGACUUAAAACGUUUGUGACACCAAUAAAGAUAGUGAAUAGUACUAUGGGCAGUACGUCACCGAUUAUUUUGAGUCCUGUUUUAAUCCAUCCUAUUAUAUUCAAAUCGCAACAACAAGAUCUUGAUAACAAAAUAGAAGGUAAAAAAGCUACAGUAUAUUACGAUGACAUAGAUCAAGUCAUUACACAAGAAAAUGGAAACAAAAACAAAUCUGAACCACAAAAAAUUCAAAGUGACGAUAAUAAUAACUUUAGUAGCAAUACCAGUAAUUUAAAUAUUACUGAUAAUGCUAAUAGUAACAAGAAAGGUAUGUAUCAAAAGAAUCUAAAGGCAAAGCAAUUACCAUUUCUAUCAUGGAAAAAUUUAUCUAAUGAAAACAUAACAGAUUUAAAACUGUCACCAUCUCCAAAACUUCUUCCUAAAAGUACAGAAAUACCAUCUCAGCCUUCUAAAUCAGAUGCGAAAUCUAAGGUUGGAAAAUUAAGUAAGAGUCCAGAGUGGUUGAUUGACAAUCAAUACUAUCAACCCGUUGAAAACGUACCUUUUAUUAUAAAUUCAAAUCAACCAUUCACACAAUCAAGGCCCAAACUGCAAAAGAAUCAUAUUAGCAAGGAGUCGACGCGAUCGAAUAAUACAAAUCCAUUUUUACCGUUAAUUCCACCCAGAAGAGAUUCAGAACAAGAACAUUACUAUGAAGAGAUCGGACAACCUUUAUCAUCUGCAGAUAAUAAGAAUAUAGCCGACGAUGUAAAGCUAUCGAACAAAAGUAGAAACACAGUAGAUGAAUUUGGUUCAGUUACCCGUGAAGAGCUUUUAAAGGUCCCAAGAAGACCCAAGAAACCGAAAAAAGAAAAUUCAUCAAUAUCUAAACCUGAGGAACCUACGAGUAUAGUUAGGGAAAUGGCAGGUAUUACUAAGUCAGUCAUUAACUUAUCAAGAACUCCCAGUGCAAAAGAUAACUCCAAAAAACCAAGUGGACCUAUUGGAGAAAUCGUUCAAAAUUUAGAAAAGAAACCGCCUUGUCCUGAGCCAAGAAAAAGUGACGUGACUCUAAGAAAAAUAUCGGUGCAAGAAGAGAGAGCUCCGUCUGUAGAUACGAACACCGGAUCGUGGCCACGGGAACCUAAACCUUACUGGAAAACGUUGGAACACAAGAGGCUGUCGCAUCCAAUAAGAUCCUUGAACGAUCCGUCACCGCCUAGACCUCUACCAAUGCCUCCGCGCGCUGAGGAGACCCCACCACCUCCUCCUUUGUUGACGAGCGCCUCGUUGCAGGACAUCAUGGCGACAGCAGCGUCACAUCGAAGGACCAAAGGUGUGAGCCGACAAGACUCCCGGUUGUCAGUGAAAUCAUUGAUAGAAAGCAUAGAGAAUGCUGCGAAAGCGGCGAAGCAGUCUCCGGCCACCACGCCCGUUGGAGAAUGGCCACAGCAAACAACUGUGGUGGCGGCUGCAAACAACAACAUGAAGAACGGCCUAUCAGAGACUUCGUCAGCUCCCACCAAUGGGAUCUCCAGCAACAAUUUCGCUAAACCUCCGGCCGCACGGAGUGCUCGCGCAACACCUAUUGCGAGUGAGACGGCGCCGGCUCCAGCACCUGGAUCCAACAUACCUGACGAGCAGAGGGCGCUGGCCACGUUGCAGCAAAAGGCCAUUGAGUCAUUCGUCAGGAGGAACAGCUAUGGGGACAUAUGUGAGAGAAAGGACCCGCUCAAUGCGUUACAAGUGAAAAAUGGUGGAUCGAAACGCAAUGCAUUACUCAAAUGGUGCCAGCAGAAGACAUCUGGUUAUAAUAAUAUUGACAUCACUAACUUUAGUUCGUCAUGGAACGACGGGAUGGCGCUGUGCGCGAUACUCCACUCGUACCUCGGUGAGGGCCGCGUGCCCUACGCGUCGCUCUCACCGCACGAUAAGAGGACCAAUUUUUCCGUCGCAUUCGCCGCCGCCGAGUCUGUCGGAAUACCUACCACACUGAACAUCCAAGACAUGAUUCAGCAAGAAAGGCCUGACUGGCAGCAGGUGAUGGCCUACGUGACCAGUAUCUACAAGCAUUUUGAGACUUAACUUUAUCGACUAUCGAUAAUUAUUUAUCGACAAUAAAUCACUUAUCGAUUAAGUUGUUGACUUAAUUUUAUCAGUUAUCGAUAAUUAUUUGUCGACAAUUGACUUUAUCGUUGUAGAGUAACAUCGAAUACCACGUUAUAUCAAUGAGGCUUUUAUUUCAAUAAAAAUUGUAUGUAAUGAUAUAGUAAGAAAAGAUUUACACAAAUCAUUUAUUGCCGAAGCUUUCUUGUGUAAACAGGUAAAAAAAACGAAUAUACCUUCUGGUGAACGUAUUGAAUUUUGAAUUCACAAAUUUAAACGACCAAAGAUCUGAAAUGAUCUACGAAAUGUACGUAUUUAAGAACAUUGAUAAAUUUAAUAGUAUACAUAUAUGUAUUUAUACAGUGUGAGUUCCAUUUACUCUAUUUUAUAAUUAUUUAAUGUAAUUAUUAAAUUUGCUGAGAAUUUGAUAAGAGUGAUUAAAGCUGAUUUGAAAACAAUCUCUUACCAAUGAAUAAAUUUUUACAUUGCUACAAGUUUAAAAUUACAUUCCUUAUAUGGUAGCUUUUAAUGCGGAAUUGUGAUAUUUUUGGACCCGUAGCCGCGAUUUUGCUGUCGAUACUCGGAAUUGCCUUUAAUUGGCCUUUAUAGGUGUUGUGUUAGGAAUUAAGGUUAAUGCUUUCUAAUUUAUAAUAUUACGAGACAGCCCUAUAAUGCUUUUUAUUAAUUUCCCAAAUUACUAAAAAAUGCAGUACAUAUUAAAUAUUUUUAUAAUAUCGAUAUCGAUAUUUUAGAUUUAGUAGUGCGUCACUACUAAUCUUUUGGUGUAGUAGGAACGUGUGUGCUAAUUCCUAAGACGUCAUUAAUUCGAUUAUAUUGUGACACUAGUAGAUUUUUUUUUAUGAUUUCGAACGGAUCUAGGGCUGUCGAUUGACGUAUUAUAAACAUGAAAGUGCGUUUUCCUUAAGGCGUAGAUAUGCUCUAUAAACUACAUUGCAUCUAUUAAUUAUGAUAGCAAAAAAAAAACAAUAUUUUCCCUUCUAUGCAGGUACACAAAUUAUUAAAAACUUAUAUUUAAUAAUUUUUAAGUUACUCUAUAGCUAUUUGUGUUAUUUACGUUACAACACAGUAGCGCCAUCUACCCUGAACUUUGUGCAAGUGUAACUAUUAUUAGCGAGACAACUUCUAUGUAGUUUAUAGAGCGUCAUAGGAUGUCUUUCCAUUAUAUAAAGACUGAUACGAUAAGGUGUAUGUAGGGUCGUAAAUACAUUAAAGUGGAGGUAUACGAGACGGUAAUUGCGUGCCGUGACAAGUGACGUGGAACUUUGUCAUAAUUUCAAUUAAUCUAUUUAUUAAACUAGUUUAAUCAUCUUUGUAUGUUAAUCAGUGAUAUACACAUAUGACAAAGUACAUAGUACACGACUGAGUGAUAACACAGUUGAACGAUUCGUGUAUUUGCUUUUAAAAGUUUGCAGAUGUGAAGUUGGCUACAAGUUACAUCUGGAUAUGUGUUCAGUCACCUUUAUAUUCUCUGUCUGAAGUCGUUUGCAUUUGGAUUAAUUUAUUAAGAAAAUAUAUAUAUUUGUAAGUUUUUUUCCCAUGCGAGACAGUUAGAACGGCAUUGUUUUUAUAUUUUCCAGUUAGAAAGCAGAAACUUAAAAAUCGUUGAAGCUCUAUAUUAUUUAAUAAUAUUGGAUCAUAAUAACAAUAAUUGACUGUCCAUCGCUGUACAUAGUCCUCCCCUAUAAGGGCGGUAUUACCUGUAGUUGCCAUGCUUCGCAGGCGGAUUGGCAACCGUAGUUAGACUUUGGUGACAUUUUAAAAAAGACGCUCCUACCCAUUCCUCGACCAAUAAGUUUUCUUAGUCGCCUCUUAUGACACCCAUGAGAUAGAAAUAGGUGGCCCAUUCUAUACUGGGACCGCACGGCGUAAUAUUAGAUAAUAUUUGAUUUUUUUGAUACUUUUUGACCUAUUAAAUAUUACUUGCCCAUUACACGAUUCAGUUAUGAGCAUAGAUAAUGUCUAAGUACUAUUCCUUACAUUUAAAUAUCUAUGGUAAUGCAACGUCUUUAAGGCAGAAAAUAUACGACAAAUGAGAUUGGAAUGUUAAUGGUAUGCCUUAAAGUAGUGAUUCCAGGCCUUGAUUUGACUACGUAAUAAUUAUAAUACCUAUUACUAUUAUGUAAGUAUAUAAUCAAUAUUAAUUCCUAUAUACGUAGACCGUGCUAAGUAUUUUACCACUCUGUAAUCUAAUAUAUAAAGUCUAAUUUUGUGUAUUCGCAGAAUUGUAGAAGAUAUUUUUGUACACAAGUUCUCAAAGUGUCACUAACUUUAUCUAUGACCUAAAAAUAUGACUGUUGUAUUUAUUUAUAAGUUAAUACAAUUGUAUUUAAUUUUAAUGGAUCAUUUACAUGAUAUCGUCAUAGUCGUAGAAUACUGACGAAUCUGACGAAGAUUGCAUAUAAAAAUCCGUCAGUAUUCUACGACUAUGACGAUAUGAAAUCAAUUCAUAUUUAACAUUCGAAGUUUUUAAAAUAUAUACGUAAAAUUAUAGCAAUUAUGAAUUACGAGCAACUAGCUUUGACACGUUACUUUGCCCGCGUGACCGACAUAAAAAAUAGCAAGUAUCCUUCUCCGUCCUAUAUAGUACCUAUACACAAUAUUUCACAGUGGUCGGUUAAGCCGUUAAGGUGCUAUAAGGUAACAAACAAACUCACUUUCACUUUCACAUUUAUAUAACGAGUCAGAAUAAGGUCAUACCGACAAUUUGAAUUUAGUUAUUGAAACUACAGGAGGUUACAGAAGGUACCUUACUCUAGAAGGAUAGUAACGCAUUGUUAUGUAUGAAGGACUACCAUGGGCGUCACAGUAUAUUCAGUAUUAUUCAUAUAUGUAUACUUUAUAAAACCUUAUAAUGAUGAUGAUAUCAGCCGUUAACUGUCCACUGAUGAAUAUAGGCCUCCGCCUUGGGGGAUAUUGCCAGUAGUUGCCACGCCUGGCAGACAUAUUGACAACUGUAGUUAAGCUUUAGUGACAUUUUUAGAGGGACGCUGUAAAUUCCUCUAGUCGCCUCUUACGACACCCACGGGAUGGAGUGACCUAUUCUAUGUCGGAACCACAGCCAAAAAAUCUUAUACUAAAUUGCUUGUAAAUGUGAGAUCAUUUGUAAUGUAAAUGAUCCAUUAAUAAACAUUCAUACUCUUCUAUGUACGUAUUUUCAUGCCAGUAUGUAUUCUUAUACGCUUACACAGUAUACUAGCAGCUAAGUUAAACAAGGGGGGGGGGAAGGGGUUGUUAGUAAUAGAGACUGAGAAUCCCAUUGCUAGCAAUACACCCAACUAGGUCAACCUCCUUGCGGUUCUCCUUGAAACUAUCAUGGUUAAUUCCUGAUGAAUUCAUCGUGAUCGGCUAACUGGCCUGUUUUCAUUCUCAUCUCAUCCUUCACUGGUGCUCCGCCAGCUUAUACCGUUAGCGCAGGCGGGGUUACCAUACCAUUUUUACUCAUAAAAAAAAAGUUAUACACGGACAGACGAUCCUAACUCUUUAAAAUCUUUAUACUAUUGCUUAGGGGGUUAUAAAGUUUAUAUUGAAUUAGAUGAAUCCAUGGCCGUAGCUAGGGGGGGGGGGGGGGCAUUGACGGGCAAUGCCCUAUCUUAAAAUUAAAGGCUCCAAGAGAAAAUUAGAUACAUUCGCUUUUUCGUAGUCACUUAAUUAUGACUUCUGACCUACCAAAAAGUUCUUUUGCCCUAUUUUAAACUUGGGUCUAGCUACGGUCCUGGGCAAAUCAUAAUAGGAUUUGCAUUGCGUAACACACCGAAUUAAGUAGGUUGUUUGCGCUGAAGUUUUAAUAUUAACGGACUGGUAUAUUUUUCGUCGACGGGUUAUACAUAAGGAAUCCUAUUAUGAUCCAUGUAGUGGCCCCCACAAUGCCUAAUGUGAGUUAAACACAUAUUUACAUUAAUACUGCGUUAUUAAUUUAUUAUAAACUACCAGCGCCACUAGCGGAUAGUUUCAGAAACUCAGAGUUCCGUACAAACUUUUGAGUAAACAUGAAUGCAACUGUAACCUAAAUCUUUGUACAACUCACACUACGCACUUGGUUUAUUGCUAAAUGCUGAUAAAUUAUUAUAUGGCCAUGUUUUACUCUCGACAAAUGUACGUCUUUAUACUGCUAAGAAAGUACUACUCUAUUUUAGAAAUGAUUAAUAUAUAGUAAUAUCUAUAUCCCUUUCAGACCUGAACGAUACGGGCGUGAGUUGUAAGUUUAAAAAAUUCUAAAACCGCGCGCAAUUUAUUUUCACGCACGAAACUCAAAUAACAUGAUAGUGGGAUUCUAAACCAGCCAAUAGGAAAUCAUUUAAGCGGUUAGGUGGUGCAGUAGUCUCGUGCGUGCUGGCAAGAUGGCUUGGCUCCAAAACACGAAAAUAUAUUUAAUCUUAAUGAAAAAAAAAUCUUGGGUCUGAAAGGGAUAUAUUAUAGUUACAAUAUCUAUGUAUUGGUCCAAUAACGGAUAUAUUAUGUAUUGGUUAUUUAAUACCGGAUGGAAGAAUCCGAUCGAAAUUAAUAUAGAUGUCCGAUUAGUAUGGGCGAUAUUGAAAUGGGCGAAAUACCCUUUUACGAAUCCAAUAUACAGAUAUCGGAGCGGUACCGAUAUUGCAGAUGCGUAUCUAUUUUUAUAAUACUUUGUCUUGUGUUAUGAUAUAGUAAUCACAGAGCAUUACAUUAUGUAUUCUUUAGUAUUUUGUAAGGACUAUGUGUUUUACGCUGAUAGUGACAACGUCUUAUUAUAAUCCGAUAUAAUAUUUAUAUUAUUUAAAAAAAAAACACAUUUAUGAUUAAACACUUGGCAUGGCGUUGAAGUUGCGGGUUCUAAUAGAGCCCUAGAGCCCGUUUGGGGAGAAAGGGAUUGUUAGUAAUGGAGACUGAGAAUCCCAUUGCUAGCAAUAUACCCAACCAGGUCGAUCUCAUCGCGGUUCUCCCUUGAAACUAUCAUGGUUAAUUUCUGAUGAAUUCAUCGUGAUCGGCUAACUGGCCUGUUUUCAUUCUCAUCGAUCACCCUUCACUGGUUCUCCGCCAGCGUAUCCCGUUAGCGCAGGCGGGGUUACCAUACCAUUUUCACCCAUCAAAAAAAAAAAAUAGAGACCGUUUGGAUUUUUUCAAUCGUAAAUUUUCUUUUUAAAUAUGUUUUUCAUAUUUGAGUGAUAUCUUUUUAAUUUUUAUUGUAUUAAUCACAGCAUGAUAUGUGCUCUAGUUGUUCGAGAUUAUGAAUUCAGAGUCACUUUAUGAUUCUCCAUUUAUUUAUUCCAAACUUGGUCCAUUGUGACACGAAUGAGAUGGAUGACCGUAUGAUUUCCCUUAUUUAUAAUUAAUUUUCACAUUAAUACACAAAACGUGUGUUUUUAAAUUGUUUAAAUGUGAUAUUACUCUUAAUCCAGUGUGUCUAUUCAAUUUUAUUUGUUGAAAAAUAUUGUUUUAUUUAAACUUCAUUUUAUGGACAUGAAAUAUGGUCGUAGGACAUUUAUUUUGUGUAAGGCGCUCCUGUAGUGUGUCAGAUGUACAGAGGGACGAGUAAACGUGUCUAUCGAUUUUGCACCUACUCAUCUUUGUCUCAUCUUAAUGAUCAUCAGGAAUGGCAACGCGUGAAACUACGGGCGUCACAGUGUAUACUGUGAUGUAAGUAAGAGUAAUGCUCGUCAUGGCCUAUAGGCGACGGUUACACUUUUCAUCAAGUGGGCCGCAAGUCUAUUCGCCAGUAUACAUAUUCAAAGGUUAUCGAUAGAUAUGUUUUCGUUACCGCAGGCAUGAAAAAAUGCAGGCUGUUUCUAUCUCGCCCCAUGAUACAUCUCGCAGGAUACACCUAGUCGCCCAAUAGAAUUAUUCUUUCAAUAUUAUAACGAGCAAUUACAGUUUUUACGCUAAUUGUCAGCAUUUCCAACUUGCUUGUUGAAGCUGAGCAUUGGUUAUAAUUAUUGCGUAUUUUGAGAGAUUGUAUUUUUGUAAAUAUAGCUUAAAUAAAGUUCCUGGAUUAAUUAUUCAA